AUGGAAGGGAUUGAUUAUCAUUUAGUAGAAAAAUUUCCUGAAUGCAAUGCGAUUAUGGAAAACUAUAUUACAACCUCAACUACAAAUUAUGUUCCUUGUUCUUAUGGAUAUUUCAAAGCACGUAAUAGUUUAGAAAAUAAGUUCAAAGAAUAUAAAUGCAAUGCAGCCAUGUCCUUUAUAUCUAAAAUGAAUGAAUUAACUCCUCAGGAAACUAGAGAAGCAUAUUGUUUUUACUUAUUUUAUUGGUUAUAUAAUGAAUUUAAGACUAACCAUAUAAAUGAUGAUAUAAAUAGUAUUUAUAAAGCACUUUUUGAUUAUGGAAAUUCUGGAAAAAAUAUAUGCAAUAUAUAUAAGUAUAGUAUUUCCGAUAAUGAUAUCCCAUACCUCAAUGAUUUAUAUUAUAUGAACACUAACCUUUAUUAUGUAAAAAAUCAUAAUUUUCCAUAUGAUAAAAAAAAGUGUGAUUGUAUGAAUGAAUGUUCAGAUAAAUAUGAAACCAACCUAAAAAAAUGUGAAUCUAAUAAUGAAAACUCCUUUUGCAGGGCAUUAGACGAUAUUAAAAAUAAAUAUAAUAAUCUACAACAUUUAACUGAUGAUUGUACUAAUAUCAAGUGCAAAACGUUACCUUGUGUUAAAAUUCAGAAAAUAAAGAUAAUAUCUACAAGAACUAGUAAAUCAAAAACUACUAUAAUUUUAACUAUUCUAAUAUUAAUGAUACCCCUUAUAUUAUUUAUAAUUUAUAAGUUCCUGCCAUACAAUUCAUACUUACAUCGUGAAAUAAAAAGGAUAAUAAGCAAGUGUCGUGGUCUCAAGAAAGAAUGGAGUAAAUCGGAAAACCCAGAAAUAUAUAACAAUAUAUAUUGGAAUAGUAAUUAUAAUGUCUUAUAUAGUUCCCAUUAUAUUGACGAUUAA